AUGAAGUACACAUUGAUCUUCACUGUGAGUGGCAGCAAAACUUCAACUUUGAACAAGCAACUAAUAAAAAAUAUUUCUUUUAUGAUCUUCUCUAGCUGCUGGCAGCUUUUGCUUCCACUUGCUUCGCAGCUCCCCUUGGACCUCAACGAUCUUUUCUCAGGUCUGUCGCCCGUGGAGCAGCAAGCACCAACCCAAGAUGUAGUCAAGCGUCAAGUGGUGGCCAAUCCCGACAGUGAACUCAAGCAGAUCUCGUUCCAAACACUCAUUGGCAAUCUGGAGAACAGUCUGUUCCAAUCCGCGUUGAGUUUGCACGGCGCCAGCGCACCCGACAGCACUGUGGAUGAAGUGCAGCCUGGUCAGGAUGAUUCAGCUGAACACAGCAUUACCAAGCGUGCUGAUGAGGUCGUGACUGUGUUGCCCUCAACAGCUGAUGAGCCACAGGAGCGCAAGAUUCUUGUGCAGACCACCAAGAAGGUGCCAUCGGAGGAUGGAGUGCCAGCUCAUUUGAUCAUUGAUCAUGUGUCGGUGCAGCCACAUAAUGGACUCUCGGUGCCCUUGAUUCCCACAUUCCAGGUGCAUCACACCAAGAUCACGUCGGCCACCAUUGUCGAGGAUGCCAAUAACGACAGCAGCGAUGGCAAACAGACCAAGAUCAGCAUCACCAAGACAUCGAUCACAUCGACGGCGCCUGUGGAGAGCAUCGAGACGCAGAGCAGCAGCGUUGUUCCAGAGAUUGCUACUUCCAGCAUCACAACGGAGCAGGCGACCAGCAGCAGCAGCAGCGAAAGCAGCUCCAGUGAGAGCACCUCCAGCUCCUCCACCUCGAGCACCACUUCGGAGCAGCCCAUUGUGACGAAGCUCAAGGAGAAGGUCGCUGAGGUUGAGGCUGAGCCUGUUAUUCUCACGGCUCGCGUCUAGAUCUUUAGACAACCUCUUGACUCUAGUCGUAACCAAUUCACACACACAUAUACUCACUCACACAUACAUACAUAUUUAUGUCACGCCAAGUUCAAUUAAAGUCAUGUGAUUUGAUCUAAAACCUAGCAA